AUUGAUAUGUAUGUAAAUACUUUAUUAUGUCUUAAUGAUAUGUGUAAUGUUGAAGUCAUUUCUAAGUGACACAUCAUGACAGACGUUUCUGGAAUUCUUGUGGUCUAUGACACCAACCGAAGUCAUACCAGAAGUACAGCCAGACCACCUUCAAAACAAAAGUGUAAUAUGAAAUACAAUAAUUGUACAUUCUACAGUGUACGUGAACAAUGCUGCCUUUGUGCGUUGAGAUGAGAUUGUUAGAUUACUAGUGGCCCUGCCACACAUGAACAAAUCUCGUACACUACUGAGCUACAAAAACCGAGUCUACUUUAAAAAUCCAAAACAUCGUAUAAACACAAACAGUCGUAUGUCCACGGAUCUCUCGGGGUGGCGGACCAACAUUUGAAAACUACUUAAGAUGUCCAAGAGAAACAGCUCCAGCUGAGUAAAUAUAAACGUUGACGGCGUGCUCUGCUCUGCUUCUUCUCACUUUAAUUAAACGGAAGUUCGCAUGGUUUUACUAAAGCUUGGCUGCCUUGACGGGGUCUUUCCGGUAAAUCACUGAGGCGGCGAUAAGCCGUACAUGAAGGCGUGGCCCAAGUCAGUGAUGAUUCACUGUGGAGGAGAGAAGAACAGCGGCGAAGCAGCGGCCGGGGACAGUUAGUACGUCGACAUGUUAACUCUGUGGAUGACAUGCGUCUGUCUGGUGCAGAGCUCUGCCCUGCUGUCUAAUGUGGAGCAGUACGAGGUGGUCAGACCCCAGAGGAUCCUGGGGCGACACAAGAGGAGUCUAAAGAAAAACCAGCUUUAUCCUGAUUCCGUGCAGUACAAGUUAGCCAUAGAAGGGAAGCAACAUGUCAUUAAUUUGGAGAAGAACUGGAAUCUUAUUGGAGAAGGUUACACUGAAACACAUUAUUCCAAAUAUGGUAAAAGAGUUACAACGUCACCGAGUCAUCAGGAUCACUGUUAUUAUCACGGCCAUAUUGAAGGAGUGACAGACUCUUCGGUCAGUGUGGGGAUUUGUUCAGGCCUCAGUGGCUUUGUGAGGGCUCAUCAGCAGGUUUACCUGAUUGAGCCCCUGGGGAAAUCUGAGAGCCAAGAUCACGCACUUUACCGUCGCAGCAGUGGAACAGAGUCAAACAACACUAUGCUGUAUGACCGAGAACAGGACCAGGAUCAAGUCCCUCGUCUAGCUGGUCUUUUCAGGUCCAGAUCUUGGAAAACUAAACCCAUCACCCAGUGGUUUGUGGAGCUGUUUGUAGUGGUUGACAACGCAGAGUAUAAACGGUAUGGAAGUGAGACCAGAUCCCGAAUUCUUGCAGCUAUAAAUCACGUCAACAAGGUGUAUCAACCUCUAAACAUUUAUGUCAUGCUGGUGGGCUUGGAGAUUUGGACACAAAGGGACUUUAUAGAUGUUGAUAUUAAUUCAGAGACAACGCUGGACAAUUUCCUGAUGUGGCGCCAGACUGAGCUUCUGCAGAGGACAAAACACGACAAUGCGCAGUUUGUAACUGGUAAAAAGUUUGACAAAGACACAGUUGGACUGGCAAAUAAGUUUGCAAUGUGUGCUGAAAACUCAGGUGGAGUCAAUCAGGAUCACCAUGAUAACCCAAUUGGCCUGGCUUCAACUCUUGCUCAUGAGAUGGGUCAUAAUUUUGGCUUAUCCCAUGAUACCGCAGACUGUGUUUGUGGUUCAUCUCGCAGUGGAAACUGUGUAAUGGCAGAAAAACUUGGGACAGAAAGUGAAGCUUUCCCAGAGUUCUUCAGCAGCUGUAGUGUGGAUCAGCUGGCUGAGUACAUGGAGCGGGCUCAGCCUAGCUGUUUGGAUAAACCCAGCCCCACUAAGAUCAUCCCUGUGGGGCCUCGUUGUGGCAACGCACUGUUGGAACCUGGGGAGGAGUGUGACUGUGGAACAGUGGAGGAAUGCCAAAAUCGUUGCUGUGACGCCUCAACAUGUCGUCUUACUGAAGGAGCCCAAUGUGCUCACGGACAGUGCUGUGAAGACUGUCAGGUUAAAGCUGCUGGAAGUUUGUGCAGAAAGUCGGCUGGAGAGUGUGACCUCUCUGAAUACUGCGAUGGCUUAUCAGAGUAUUGUCCUGAAGACAGCUUUGUAAUGAAUGGCAAACCGUGCUACAACCACGUACAGGGCUACUGCUACAACGGCAAAUGUCCAUCAUAUGAGUAUCACUGCUGGAGGCUGUUUGGACAAGGAUCGAGAGUUGGACCUAAUGUGUGUUUUGAUCUAAAUAAACGUGGUGCGGAAGGCUCAAACUGUGGAAAGAUCAAAAAUGGAUACAUUAAGUGUGCUGCACAGAAGGCCAAGUGUGGAUCUAUAUUUGGUCAAGGAGGCGGUGAGUCCAUCACAGGUAGAAGGGCAGCCUACACCGUGCAAGGUCAUGAGUGUAAACUGGUGGUGGAUGAUUAUACAAUCAGAAAAAUUGACAUGGUGCCCAAAGGAACCAAAUGUGGACCAAAUAAGGUUUGCCUGGAUAAUAAAUGUGUGGAUUUGUCAGUUUAUGGGAAACCAGAAGAUUGUAGAAAGAAGUGCAACAAUAACGGGGUUUGUAAUCACAAGAACGAAUGUCAUUGUGAUCCAGGCUGGGCUCCACCGUACUGUGACGCACAGUACACAGAUUCACCUCAAGGUCAAAACUGGAUAAUAGCUGGUGUGUGUGCAGCUCUUUGUAUUCUCCUAAUAGUUGCUGUCGUUAUCUCUGGACUAAUAUGCUGUAAAAAGGACAAGGUUGACAACUACACUUCUAAAAGGAAAGUACACUCAGCUCCUGCUAAGUUAAACCCGAUGUUCAACGAGGCGAGUGUCAAAGAGAGACCUCAGAUCAGUCAGCCGACGCUAAUGCAAUCAACAGCAACACAAGCCUGCACUCCUCUUAUGGCUGUGACUCCCUGCAGACCGGCUCCACAGCCUCCACGCAUAUCAUCAGUGUUGUCUACCUCACAAACUGAGCCGCACAAACCUCAACCUCCAGCCAAACCUUUACCUCCACUGAAUAAACCACAGUACAAAGAAGCCAAACCAAAUCCUCCUCCUGUGCCUCCUGUGAAGCCCAGCCCUCCUCCCCCAACUCCAGCCAAGCAUCAAGUCCACAGAUUGACAUGAAACGUUCGUGUUAUGAAGCAAUUUUGACCAGAGCUGAAGGCAUCAGACUGUGGUCACACGUUCAGAACAGAAUCCUUUUUGGGAUAAAACUGGUGACUCACAGUGACUGAAGGUUUGGAAGGUUUACUCAGUGAAGCCUUUAAGAUGCUGUUCUUUUCUUUGAACACCAGACCAGCAGGUGCACUGUGCCUGCGGAUGACUGAUUUCUUAUUUUUAUUAUUUGAGAGAGGGACUUGAUAUUGUAAAACAUGUCUGUUCUUCGCUCAUAUAUUAAUCAAGCAAAAGCAGUACGUAUGCAACAGUACAUACUGUACUGUACUACUACUGCACUUGGUAAGACAUGCCACGUAAUGAUGAUAAACCUUUAAAUCAAGUGUCAGCCGAAGGGAUUGUAUGAGAACUUUAAGUGGUUGAUUGUCUACACUUUAGUACCAAAUGAUGCAGGUUGAGGUUUCUAGGGUUAAAUGUGUUGGGAUGUUUUAAAACAAUCAAUGUAUUUUAACUCACUUUAAGUUACUGAUCAAUCUAGAGUCAUAAUCAUUUAAUUAUGGAUUUCCAUUUAAUUGUGGAUUAGACAAGCCAUAGACUGUGUAACUGUUUCUCGGUAAGUAAACCAAAAUUACGGGUAUAUCAGCCAUAAAUUAUGCAAUAAUUAUUAAUACUCUAUUUACAUCUGUGACAGACCAAAAGAGCUUCAGGAAUGAUUUUACUUGAGUUAAAAAUGACUGAGAAGUCACCUCCUCUUGCUUCCUUUUGUUUAAAAUCCUUCUGAACUCAGCAAAGACAUAUUUAUCAUUUCCUGGGCUUCAGUUUGGGACCGGAAACAACAUCCAUUUCUUAUUUAGAAUCUAUGGAAAGUUGCAGAUGAAUCUCUUCUUACCUCGGUCGCCUUUAUACAGUCCCUAACUUAUUCCAAAGCCAGUCUGCACUUAACAUAAAUGUUUACUUCUGUGUCUUUAUGCCUUAUUCUUGAAAACCUUCUAACGGUACACACUGUACAAAGGCUGUGCACAGCCCAAAUGUGUGUAGUUACAGUUUUCUGCAGGAAACAAUUACAACUUCCUUUGUUUGUUUUUAGCCUCAAGUGGUUCAAAUGCACUGAUAUUUUUCUAGAACAGUCAUGUGAAACAAUUAGUUGUAAACAAUAAAUUUGUAUUCAAUUGUUACAAUUGUGCUUUUUUAGGUGAGUAACAUGGGAUUUGAUGAAUGUAAAACGUAUGUGUGUUGUUGCAAAAAUUAAAAAACGCACUUUAUUACAAAACUGGA